UGCGCGUGCACGAGGGUGGGCGGAGCUCAGCUGUCAGUCAUGCCCGCGCGCUCCCGUCUCUACUCAUCAAUUACACGCAGCAGGCCGUAACAGCAGCUCGUGCGAUUGCGUUAAUUUGUUUUUCCACUCGCGUGUGCAUCUAGAUCUUUAAACGAACGUAUGUUUGAGCAUCAGACGCGCUGGAUGUGAAUUAGGGAUUCAGAGAGAGAGAAAAAGAGAGAGAGAGAGAGAGAGAAACCGCCCGUGCGUUUAACGCGCGUCUCCCUCGCGUCAAUCAUCACGCGACGCGCGUCGGGAACUUCAAGCGCAAACUCUCCCGAUAGUUUCACCGGGAGAUGAUGUCCGCGGAGCAGGUCCAGAUCCCGGAUGACCGAGCCUUCAGCCGGUUCAGAGGCGAGUGUCAGUCCGAGGAGGGAUGGAGUGUCACCUACAACAGAAACAACAUCUGUGUGUGGAUCCAGAUGCUGCAGGAGGAGAAGAGCCUGCACAGGAUCAAGUGUCGGAUGCUGUGUAAGGACAUCCCAGCUGAGACCAUGUAUGACGUGCUCCAUGACAUCGAGUAUCGGCGGAAAUGGGACGUGAAUGUCAUCGAGACGUUUGACAUCGGCAAACUGACGGUCAACGCAGAUGUGGGCUAUUACUCCUGGAAGUGUCCUAAACCGCUGAAGAACCGUGAUGUCAUCACCCUGCGCUCCUGGCUGCCGAUGGGGAACGAUUACAUCAUCAUGAACUACUCCGUCAAACACGCUAAAUAUCCUCCUAAGAAGGAUCUGGUGCGAGCUGUUUCCAUCCAGACGGGAUACCUGAUCCAACACACCGGCCCCACCAGCUGCACCUUAACAUACCUGGCACAGGUGGACCCGAGAGGUUCUCUUCCCAAGUGGGUGGUUAACAAGUCUUCUCAGUUACUGGCGCCGAAAGCGAUGAAGCGCAUCAGUAAAGCGUGUCUUCGGUAUCCCGAGUGGAAGCAGAAGCACAGUCCAGGGUUCAAGCCGUGGUUAUUCCCGGAGCAGAACCUGCUGUCCAGCAUCCCUCUGUCCGAACUCUGUGUCCAACACGCCGAAUCUCUGGAGAACAUCGACGAGAGCUCACUCAGCGAGAGCAAAGACGACCGCGCCGAGCACAGCGACGACGAGGGGAACAACUGACACACACACACGUCUGCGAGCGCUUCUGAGCUCCAUUCCCUGUCAGAUCAGCACAUUAAACUGCUGAAUACAGAUGAUUUUAAAUUAUGAUUAUGAUUUCUGACCUUAUGUAUGCAUGCAGUUUGUCUCCAGACACACAGAGGGCGCUGAUGCUGAUGUCAAUCUGCUGUACGACUAGAGUUCAAUGAAUGAAUGAAUGUAGUAACAAAGAAUUAAAAACCAAUCACUGCCUGUGUUUUUGGAGCUUUA